GGAGAGCAGGUUGGACAUAAAGUGACAGACUUCACCUCCUGAAAUUAAGAAGAAAAAGCCGACGGACGACGCGUUACAAGUUAUAAAACAGCUGGGGAUGAUUUUCAGACAUGGACGACAUAAACCUUCAUUAUCGCUUUCUGAACUGGAGGAGGCGAAUUCGAGAAAUUCGUGACGUGCGAGCAGUGCGUUACCGGGAUCGGUGGAGGAAUAUGUUCAGAGAUGGCGACAUGCUCAGGUACCAUGGGGAUUCAGAUGAGGUCGGCUGCUUUGUGUCAGGCAGACCCUUGUCAAAAAAGAGGCGCUAUUUUGAAGUGACUGUCAAUGAUACAGGAGUGAGGGGGAUGAUUGCUGUCGGUUUGGUGCCUCAGUCCCACAAGCUGGACCAUCAACCUGGCUGGCUCCCAAACUCUGUAGCUUUUCAUGCCGAUGAUGGCAAGCUCUAUAAUGGCAGCACAGUUGGACAGCAGUUCGGUGCCAAGUGCUGCAGAGGUGACAAAAUCGGUUGUGGAAUAUCGUUUGACUCCGAUGACGGACAGAUAACGGUGUUUUUUACCAAGAAUGGUGAAGAAAUUGGCAGUGUUGAGAUCCCAGCGUCCCCUGAAGAUCUCUACCCUGCAGUGGGGAUGCACUCGCUCGGGGAGGAAGUGGUUUUGGACCUGAAUGCUGAAUGGAGGAUGGAGGAGGAUGACGGACAGAUGAUAGUUGAUAGUCAUGAAGAGGACUGGAGCCGUCUCCAUGACGUCAAAGUGACGGGCACGCUGCUGGAGUACAUGGGGAAAGGGAAGGGGAUCAUGGACGUGGGCCUGGCUCAGGCUCGGCGACCUCUCAACCCUCGCUUCCACUACUACGAGCUGGAGAUCACAGACGCUGGAGAGAAGUGUUACAUCGCCCUGGGUCUGGCACGCAGGGACUAUCCAAAGGACAAACAUCCAGGUUGGAACAAAGGCUCCAUCGCUUACCAUGCAGACGACGGGAAGCUGUUCCACGGCAGCGGGGUGGGGGACCCGUUCGGGCCACGCUGCUUCGAAGGCGACAUCAUGGGCUGCGGGAUCAUGUUCCCACGAGACUUCAGCGCGGACCGAGGAGAUGACGCCGACGACUUUGACCUGGACGUGGCUUCCAGCGAGGUGCAGAACAACCUGUACGCAAACAACGACGACGAAGAGGAGGACGAGGGGGACGAUUCGGAGGGGAGGAAGGUCAUGGUGUUUUUCACGCGGAACGGGAAAGUGGUGGGGAAAAGGGAAGUGGCCUUGCCGCCAAACGGUUUCUAUCCCACCAUUGGCAUGAUGAGCACUGGGGAGAAGGUGAGAGUUGAACUCCACCCCCUCAGUGGGUGACAGAAACCAGGACAACUAGAAACCUUUGGGAUGAUUCCUCCAAAUCUUCACUGCACCUUUGUGGCGUAAACAUCGCUUCACGUACUGACAAAACGCGUCUUAAAGGUUCACGAAAGUAAAGUCCUUCAGACAUCUGUGCCUCAAAGAAACGGCUUUAUUGUGAAAUAAUCUUUGUACUGUAAGAAACUGUUGAAAUAGGCUGAGUUUGGAGGGAAAAGUUAUUCAUUUUGACACACGAGGCUCAAUGAAAUGCCAAAACAAAGGUCUUGAAUGAUGAAUGUAAAAGUCUAAGUAAAAGAAACCUCAGUUACCCAACAGAUCAGCAAAGGCAGUUCUGGUUAAAAUGAGUUAUGAAAUUAUUUCAAAACUGCAAAUGUGAUUUAUUUAUUCUACAACGAUGAGGCAGAGAUGGAAAAGCCCCUGACUUUAAAGGAGGUGUAGCAUCAUUUUACCAUAACUGCGUUUUGCUCCUCCUGUCGACGGUUCAUUACUGACACUCAGUGGUGAGACGGAUCACCGUCCUGUGACUCGGUAGAACCAGCUGCUUCACGCGGCACGUCUGGAGGAAGCUGUUUCAGGUAACUAUGAGGAAAUAAAAGUGCAAUAAUAAUUGUGUUGAAAUCAAAGCUAUUUUUAUGCUUCUUGUUUGUUAUCUUGCAAUAAGAGAAAGUGGAUCUUAAAGCUUUAAAGAGAGUCCUUAAUUAAUCUGAUCCCAGCUUCAACUAAACGACGUUUAUUGGAUGAAUCUUAAAAAAAAAAAAUUCGACUAUUUAUUUGAGGAAAUCAGAUUUUGGUUUCCUCACUGACCAGAUGAUGGAAACAUUUUAUGCUUCUAAACUAGACCGAAGUUAAACAAUAUCAUGUGUGUGAUCUUUUUCUUUCUUUUUUUUUCAGAAUAUACUGAAAUUGAAAACAAUCAGUAAACAAAACAAAAAAGCUUUUACAGUGUUGGAUCUUAUGGCUGAUUGGUGUUUUCUUUCUAUCACUGCAAAAACACAAAUUCUUACCGAGAAUUUUUGGUCUUGUUUCUCGUGCACAUAUCUAAUUAAGCCUGAAAUAUGACAAAAAUAACUUUAAAGUAGCGUUUCAGAACGCUAAAGCAGCUUGUUUUACGUCAGUAAUUCUGCAAUGUUGAUCAGAAAGUUCUGGUUCCGCUUGCAGAUUAUUUCACUUACAACAGGGGAUCAAUGUGUUGUUAUAAGUGAAAUGAUCUGCCAGUGGAACUAGGACCCAUUUAAAGUUUUUGUAUUUCUUCAGUUUUGACCUGUUGGAAAUUUAUUUUGAAAUGUGUUUUUGAGGGGUUCUCUCUGUGGACAGUCAUCACAAAAAGCUGUUUACUUUCUGUUCUUUGGUUUUACUUCAAAUGUGUGUUUUUUUUUCUGUCUAGAAACAUUUGUGAUUCACCACGUUUCAUAUUCUACCCUUUACUCUCGCAGCUAAAAAGUGAUUUUUUAUUUUUUUUUUAUAAAGUUGAGGAGGAAAAUAUCAAAUUCAAAUAUACUUUUUUGUUUUUGUGAAAUUAAUUUAUAUGUACACACAUUAAGUUUGUUUUACUCAUUCAGCAAUGUAAUUUUUAACUGAAAAAAAAAAAAACCUCACACCCAGUUUGACCAACUUAGGUCGAGAUUUGGCGAGCCGUUUCUUGUUGCUGACAAUCUGAGGAACGUUUGCCCCUGUCUUCACUUUGGGAUGUGAGAUAUUUGAUGGUCAUUUGAUUUAAAGCAAAUAUCCCCCACCUGUCUAAAGAUCAUUAUUCUCUCCAGCCUGUUCCAGUAAAACCUCUUAUGCUUUUCUUGGAAGCUAACGGGAGCGAGAGCCGCCCUGCAGGGCCCCUGGUGGAUUUUUGGGGGACUUCGUUCAGCAUCUUGCUGUCAGCUUUCAGGGUGAACUGUGUCAGACAUCCAGGCCUGAGAGCUUUGACUGUUUUGAAUGUCCUCCGCUUGUAGAUGAUUUUUUCAUUCAUUGGAACGGCUGAUAUUAAUCUGCUUUAAUCCCUCACAGACUCAUAAGCUGCUACUGUCUUCUUUCUGAAUGGCCUUCACUCUCACUUCAGCAGCUAGGAGCACUUUAAACACACCGAGGUCUGAACAGGACAGACCUACGUGCAGUAACAUUGUUCUAAUCAUACAUGGCCGAUAUCAUAAGCAUGUGUGAUCUUUAGCCAUUUCAAGUGAGGAUGGAUGUGGAGUUGUCCUAAUUCCCAGAUUUUUCUUUGAAAUUACUUUUUAACAGAGUUUCAAAUUGUCAUCUUUUUUUCUAUAUGCUGGAUAAACAAUCUGUUCCAUGACUGUAAACUAAGGAAAAAUACUAAACUGAUUCAGAUAAUUAUAAGAUUGAAAACACACAAAAAAAAAUUACUUUGUAUGUUGAUAUUUAAUUUCAUGUGGAAAACUACGAGAAAUUUGAUUAUUUAACUUUUCCAUGUGGAGAUUUGUGUCUUUUUCUCCCUACCACUUCAAUCAAAAUGUUGAUGUAAAUUUUUAAUUUGUAUUUUGAAAUUGAAGCCAUACUUGUUCUCAGGUAUAUUUGAUAAUCAAAAAUGUGUUUUUAAGUUUCUUCUGAUUUUUUUAUUCUCCUUUUUUUGUGAUUUUUAUCUCUUGCUCUGUGUCAUAUUUGCUUGUUUUAGUUUUUUGCCAAAAUUGUUCUACAUUUUCUUGUCACCUUUUUUUAAUAUAUAUUAUUUUUAGCAAAGACAAAGAUUCAUCCUUCUAUAUGCCUGCAGAAAGUUAAAGAUCUGUUGAGAAAUCAGAUUUUUGAAGGAAUAUGUUCUUCAAGUGACUUUUAGUCAGCAACGACUACAUUUUUAAAGGGCUCGUCUGUCUAUUUUCUAUCACCAGUCCUGUCCUGUCAGAGGCAGUCCCUGUUAAGCUGUACCUUUAAAAGAAAAACCUUUACGUAUGUCUUAACAUGAGGCCCAAUGAGCAGAUUGUCCUGCAUGAAAUGUUGAACCUUUAUGAAAUAAUCUUGCACAGAAAGAGGAUUUGUUCAAACUUGGUCGAUGCGGACAGUGAAAGGUCAGAAUGAAAGAUGCAGCCGAGUCCAGGCUGGAUUUCAACCUUUGCUGGAAUAUUAGAUCUAGGUUGUUCUUUUCGUUUUAACGCUGAGUUGCUGCUAUUUAUGUGCUGAAAAUGCUUGGUGCAAAAAUCACGUCAUUCUGUACUGUAGAGGGUGUUUUUCAGUUUGUUUUUAUUGUUUACGGUCUCCAGUGAAAUAUCUGCAGCAUUUCUAUCUUCAGUUCAAACACUUGUACUUUUUUUUCUCCUUUCACCUCUAUUUUUUAUGUUUAAAGCAAUAAUGCCAAAAAUGUUAAUAAAUUAAUAUUUAAACUCA